AUGUUUGGCAUUCCGCGGUUCUUCGGCUGGCGAGGCAGAGCCCUCAACCUGGCCAUCAGCUCUCUUGGCAGUCUUGACUUCUUGCUUUUCGGUUAUGACCAGGGUGUGACCGGUGGUCUGCUGGACCUGCCGUCCUUCAAUAAAUACUUCCCCGCCAUCAAUCCGGAAGAUCCAGCAAUCGAAGGCAUGACGGAUGUGAUUUCGCAGCGCAGCACAAACCAGGGAAUUGCAGUCGCGUCGUAUAACUUGGGUUGCUUCUGUGGUGCGAUCCUGACCAUCUUCAUCGGUAAUCCUCUCGGCCGUCGCAGGACGAUUUUCUGCGGCUGUGUGACCAUGGCGACUGGCGCGCUCCUGCAAGCGACCUCGUUCCAUCUGCCCCAAUUCAUCAUUGCCCGCAUUGUCACCGGCAUUGGCAACGGUAUGAAUACUAGCACCGUGCCCACCUGGCAGUCCGAAUCAUCCAAGGCGCACGACCGGGGUAAGAUGGUCAUGAUAGAGGGUAUGCUCAUUACCGCCGGCAUUACGCUGAGUUACUGGAUCAACUACGGUGAGGACCUUUCUCGCUUUUCCUUCAUCGGGGAGAGUGAGGUGGCAUGGCGGUUCCCGCUGGCCUUCCAGAUUCUCUUUGCCGUCGUGAUUUUCACCUCCAUCCUCAACUUGCCCGAAUCUCCGCGUUGGCUGGUGAUGCAAGGCCGGAAUGAUGAAGCUGUUGAGAUUCUCUGCUUUCUUAAUGAGAAACCAGCCGAGGAUCCUUACAUCAAGAACGAGCUGCUGUCCAUCCAAGAAACGGUCAAGGAGAUGUCCAAGGGCUCCUACCGGAGUUUGUUUGACAUGAGCGAAUACCGUGAAUUCCAUCGUGUCGCCCUGGCCUAUGUCAACCAAAUGUUUCAACAGAUCUCGGGAAUCAACCUGAUCACCUACUAUGCUCCUCAGCUAUACCGACAGAUUGGUCUGGGACAAGGCAACCUGCCAAAGUUGCUCGCUGCUUGUAACGGCACGGAGUACUUGAUGGCUGCGUUUAUUCCCAUCUUCAUUAUCGAAAAAGUUGGACGUCGGCCGCUCAUGCUUUUCGGGGCCGCCGGCAUGUCGAUCUCUAUGGCUGUUCUCGCGGGUUGUAACUAUCGGCUGGUAUACCUGGAUGACAAACGCGCGGGUAUCGGACAGGCCGUCUUCCUCUUCGUUUUCAACACCUUCUUCGCCAUCGGUUGGCUCGGAAUGACGUGGCUGUAUCCAGCAGAGAUCGUGCCACUGCGCAUUCGUGCGCCCACCAAUGCGCUUGCGACUAGCGCCAAUUGGAUCUUCAACUUUAUGGUUGUGAUGAUCACGCCGGUGGCUUUUGACAGUAUCGGUUAUCAGACCUACAUCAUCUUCGCUGUCAUCAACGCGUUCAUGUUCCCGUGUGUCUACUUCUUCUUCCCCGAGACCCGCUACCGUUCCCUGGAAGAGAUGGACAACAUUUUCAAGAAGUCCACGAACGUGUUCAACGCCGUCACGCAUUCGAUCAAGGAGCCGUAUCGUUACGAUAAGCAUGGCCAGCUCAAACCCGAGUACAUUGAGGAGGCUCUGCGCCGCGAGAGCGUGGUCUCUGUGCACGCUGAACAAAAGCCGACGGACAGCGAUGAGAGUGCUACGGAGACUAAGGCUUGA